UCCCAGGAACAUUUCUCUUUCUCUUCUUGAAGAGAACAUCAGAAGCCAAAUUUACUUGGUGGCGCUUUUUCUGUCUCCCCCCCCCCCGCUAGAAUUGAGGUCUUCCAUGACCCAACAUGGCGGGGAAAUGAUUCCCGCUGGAGUCCCAAAUCGUCGUUGACGUCCACUGGGUGGAUGUUAAGAGUGAGAUAUUCUGUCAGGGCAGCUGCUGUGUGUAAGUUUUCACCAUGAGCAAUAUUUACAUCCAGGAACCGCCAACCAACGGAAAGGUAUUAUUGAAAACAACAGCUGGAGAUAUUGAUAUUGAAUUAUGGUCAAAAGAAGCUCCCAAAGCUUGUCGGAAUUUUAUUCAGCUUUGUUUGGAAGGCUAUUAUGACAACACUAUAUUUCAUAGGGUUGUACCUGAGUUUAUAAUACAAGGUGGUGAUCCAACUGGUACUGGUUCAGGAGGAGAAUCUAUUUAUGGAGCCCCUUUCAAGGAUGAAUUCCAUUCACGAUUGCGUUUUAUUCGACGAGGACUCGUUGCCAUGGCAAAUUCUGAGCCUCAUGACAAUGGCAGCCAAUUCUUUUUUACUUUGGGGCGUGCGGAUGAACUUAACAACAAACACACUAUCUUUGGAAAGAUCACUGGAGAUACUAUAUAUAAUAUGUUGCGACUUUCAGAAGUUGAAAUUGGCGCGGAUGAAAGACCAGUCAAUCCAUAUAAAAUAACAAGUGCAGAGGUUUUAUUUAAUCCUUUUGAUGAUAUAAUUCCAAGGACAACUAAAAAGCUGAAGAAUGAGAAACCAGUGGAAGAAGCUGAGAAGGCAAAAUCAAAGGGCACAAAAAAUUUUAGCCUGCUUUCAUUUGGAGAAGAAGCUGAGGAGGAAGAAGUAGAAGUCAACAGAGUUAGUCAGAGCAUGAAAGGAAAAAGCAAAAGUAGUCAUGAUUUACUGAAAGAUGAUCCACACCUGAGUUCUGUUCCUGCCAUUGACAGUGAAAAAGGAAAUGAAAGUGAUAAUUCAGAUAAGGAAGAAGAGGAGGGAUAUUGUGCUGAAGAUGAUGGUCUUGAUAAUGAAGAAAAGAAUCAGAUGAAAAAACGAGUUAUGCAGAAGUUAAAGAAAAAUACUGAUGUACCUGUUAAAAAAAUAACAGAAGGAGAACAAAAGCAGAAGAGUAGCCGUAGUGAGGAACUACGGAAGGAAGUUCGCCAAUUGAAACGUGAACUAAUAAAGGCAAAACAAAUGAAAGAAAAUCCCUCAAAAGUGAAAGAGGAUCAAUCUGAAGAGGAAGCUGCUCCAAACAGCAUUGUUGCAGAAUAUCUUGAAGAAAAGAAGAAAUAUGAAGAAUUGAGAAAGCAUCAGCCAAAGAAAGGAACUUCUCGUGAAGAACAAACACUGGCGUUACUGGAUCGAUUCAAAUCAAAGCUAAACCAAGCAAUAUCAGAAACACCUGAAGAUGAAGUAUCUGAACCUGAAGUGGAGAAUGAUGAAGGAUGGAUGUCACAUGUGCUCCACUUUGAGGACAAAACCAGAAAAGUAAAAGAUGCAAGUGUGCAAGAUGAAGAUACAUUUGAAAUUUAUGAUCCUCGGAACCCUGUUAAUAAGAGGAGGCGGGAGGAAAGCAAAAAGCUUUUGAGAGAAAAAAAGGCGAGGAGAUGAAAUGAGUGGUAAAACUCACCAGAUCCAGCUUGGAAAAAUACAUCGUACACUUUCUGUCUCUGCAGAAGUUGAUGUCCCAAAAUAUAUCACUUACAAGGUGUGAAAAGGAAUCUGGGGUCUAAUUUGGAAGCAGUGCUAUCGCCUCUGUUUUGUGAAUUCUGAUGUAAAAUAAGCAAGUCUUCUCAGUAAAGUCCUUAGAGUCUAUUUUUAGUCAUUAUUGUUAAUAGAUAGUUCAUUUUCCAUACUCUGUUCCUUUUUUAUGUAUUUGCAUUGUUAAAUAGAGGAUUUUAUAUUUACAAUCUUCUCGGAACACUGAAAACUUUUUCCAGAAUGUAGAACAAAAGCAUUUGGCAUUACUGAAAAAUAAUGUUAUCACUCCUGGUAACAAACUCAGACAUUUAUUGCGUGUAGAAUUGGAGAGAAGCAGUGGAGAGUAUCAGCAUGCUCAGGAAAACCCCAAGAUUGGAAAAUAAUAGCAAAACCUAAAACUUUCAGGAAGUAAUAGAUGAGAAAACAAAAGUAAAAAAAACAACCCAGGAUGAUAAAAGAUUCUGCAUGCUCUUUUGUCAGAACUUUGAAAUAAGCGUAGGAGAGGGAAGGGAAGGAGGGAGGGAGGGAGUGAAGGAGGGGGAAAGAGAGAGAGGGAGAGAGAGAAUGGCCAAUACUAAGAGAAUAUUUGUAGCUCAGGAUUGAACCUUGAGGUCCAUGCUGCUCUCUUGGUUUUACAGAUGUUUCAUGAUGUUCAUUGUGCACUGAUGAUAUUACCUAGUUGGAUAAUAAAGAUCUGCCAGAAAAUAAUCAAAUUCAGAAAGCACCAAGGACUCUAUAGAAUGACUCUUGCAACUCAUUCUGUAACUGCAAUUCCAUUUACCACUCUUAUUUCUGAUGCCAACAUAAUCUGUAGUACAAUGUGUGAAAAUGAUCACAAUCUGAUUUACAUCUCGUAUAUUUGGAAUCAGUGGCUUACCAUUUGAUUUUAAUCACUUUGGAAGCAAGCUUCCUCAAUAAUAAAAGAAAACUAUUCUAAUA